AUGGCCAAAUGUAGAGCCGUGGUGGCCGAGGAAAAGCAGUUUAGGGGCACAAUGUCGGCCACUCACGGGAUGAACCGCAGCGGCAUCUACAACUACUUCCUCAACAUGGUGGCCUAUCAGAUAUGCUGCUGCUGUGGACCGGCUCCCUGCUCGCUCUGCUGUGCCUUUUGUCCUCCAGUCAAGUCCUCCACCAGCACGCGGGUCAUGUACACCCUCUUCCACAUCAUGAGCUGCGCCGUCUCCUGCCUCAUGCUGUCCCGCACCGUCUCUGAACUCGUCAGGGAAAAUGUGCCUUUCUUUAACAUGGUGUGUGACCAGGCGCAUGGCGGAGGCCACUGUGAGAUGCUGGUGGGCUACUCAGCAGUCUACAGAGUCUGCUUUGGCACUUCUUGUUUCUACCUGAUGAUGGCGAUCUUCCUCAUAGACGUGAAGUCGAGUCAGGACUUCAGAGCGCUGAUUCACAACGGUUUCUGGUUCUUAAAGUUCAUCACCCUCCUCGGGAUGUGCACCGCUGCCUUCUUCAUCCCGACAGAGUCCUUCCUGCAUGCUUGGCACUAUGUUGGUGUGGUGGGAGGAUUUGCCUUCAUCCUCAUCCAACUCAUCCUCAUCACGGCUUUCGCACACACCUGGAACAAGAACUGGUUGACUGGAGCGGCAGAAAACAAGCGUUGGUACCUGGCAGUGAUGUGCGCCACCCUCUUCUUCUACACCAUCGCCACCAUGGCCUUCACCUUCAUGUACAAGUACUACACACACCCCAUCGCCUGCCACUUCAACAAGGCCCUGCUGUGGAUCAACCUGGGACUGUGCGGCCUCAUGUCCUUCAUUGCCGUCACUCCGUGCGUGAAGCAGAAGCAGCCUCGGUCCGGCCUCCUUCAGGCCUCCAUCAUCAGCUGUUACGUCAUGUACCUGACGUUCUCCGCUCUGUCCAGCCGCCCGCCAGAGAAAGUUGUGUACCAGGGCAUGAACAUGACCGUCUGUUACCCCAGUGUGGGACAAGAUGGCAUCCAGAACGAAGGCAAUGCUGUCGCCAUCAUUGGAGCUGCCAUCAUGUACUGCUGUGUCCUGUUCGCAUGUAAUGAAGCUUCCUACCUGGCAGAGGUGUUUGGUCCAUUUUGGAUGAUCAAAGUUUAUCGCUACGAGUUCCAGAAAGCAACCUGCUGCUUCUGCUGCCCUGAGGAAGAGGAAGCUGAAGAGGAGUUUGUGAUUGACGAUGAGAGCAAAGGCUGUCAGAAGGUUAUUCACAACGAGACCCAGAGGGUGGCUUACAGCUACUUCUUCUUCCAUUUCGUCUUCUUCUUGGCGUCGUUGUAUGUGAUGAUGACCCUCACUAACUGGUUCAGCUAUGAGUCAGCAGUGUUGGAGACCACCUUCACCCACGGCAGCUGGUCUACCUUCUGGGUGAAGAUGUCGUCCUGCUGGGCCUGUGUGAUCCUCUACCUCUGGCUGCUGCUGGGCCCUCUGUGCAGCUGUCAGUCUGAAUCCAGACCUCGCCGCUCACGCAUCAAACGCCGCUCAGCGUCCUCCCGCCACGUCACCGUCAGCGUCUGA